UGUAGCAUUCGUUUAUUUAGUUCGUCAUGGUCAAAUAAAAACAACGGAACUCGGUGACAGUUGCACUUUUAUUUUUAAUAGACGAGUUAGGUACAAAUUACCAGUUGACAGUGAUAUUUCCAUAUUUUGGCAAACGCUCUUGUCAACACUUGAAUAGUUUUGCGUACAAUUGUUUGUGCAAGAAAAUGGGCUAGACUUGAGACUGUCUUCAUGAUUCAUUGUAAUAUGUACGUAUAGUACGUACCUAGCCUAAUAUUAGAAUGAAUCGAUAUAUAACUUUACAUCAACUUGGUGAUGGAACUUACGGGUCCGUCGUUCUUGGCCAAAGAAAGGACACCGGUGAAAAGGUUGCCAUUAAAAGGAUGAAAAGGAAGUACUACUCCUGGGAGGAGGCCAUGAGCUUAAGGGAAGUUAAGUCAUUAAAGAAAUUACACCAUACGAAUGUAGUAAAAUUAAAAGAAGUCAUUAGAGAGAACGAUGUCCUAUAUUUUGUUUUCGAAUACAUGCAAGAAAAUUUGUAUCAGUUGAUCAAGGAUCGCAGAGUGCCAUUUCCCGAAGCGAUAGUUAGAAAUAUUUUAUAUCAGAGUUGUUUGCAGAUUCUACAAGGACUAGCUUUUAUUCAUCGUCACGGAUUUUUUCAUAGAGACUUAAAACCUGAAAAUUUGUUAUGCUCAGGACCGGAAUUAGUAAAGAUUGCCGAUUUCGGGUUGGUUAGAGAAAUACGAUCAAGACCGCCUUACACAGAUUAUGUCUCGACGCGUUGGUACAGAGCCCCUGAAGUUCUCCUACAUUCUACACAAUACAGCAGUCCCAUAGAUUUAUGGGCAGUUGGAUGUAUUGCCGCAGAAAUUUAUACGUUCAGACCUCUAUUUCCGGGGACAACAGAAACUGAUCAACUGUAUAAAAUUUGUUCAAUUUUAGGAACUCCUGACAAGAAAAGAUGGCCCGAAGGCUAUCAUCUUGCUGGAGCAUUGGGUUACAAAUUCCCACAUUUUUCGUCUACUCCAUUGAACGAAGUUGUUCCUCAAGCUAGUCAACUUGGAGUAGGUUUAAUGGAAAUUCUAUUAGAGUGGAAUCCCUCCUACAGACCUACAGCCCUUUCCGCUUUGAAACAUACGUAUUUUCAAGUAAGUCAACGCUAUGGAAGCAGUUUUGUUAGACCUGCAGUUCAACAGGUCAAUUAUAACGUUACAGUAGACCCCCAACAACAAAACGUCAUUGUGGAAGGUCAGAAUGCAUCACAACAAAACGAUUUUCAACAAGCUAACAUGCCAUUUUUAAAAAUAAAUGCUAAUCAAAACGCCCAAAUAAAAUUAGACGGCGGCCAAUCCGAUAUUCAACAGCCGCAAUCUCAAAACGACUGGUUUGGACACCAGUUUCGACCUUUGUUACAACCAACAGUAAUGUCCGGACAACAAGGAUCGAUAGCAACGACAUCAAUACAACCCCCCGCAGAAGAACUAAAUUCCAACAUAAAAUCGAUACGAAGAUCAGCGAGAAAUCAACCGAUUCAGCCGGUGGCCCCUAUCGUUUACAGUUUUCGGCAAGUUGAUUUUUCAAGUAAAACAAAACCAAAUAACAACAACAAGUACGUUCAAGCUAAAACUUUGCCUUGGAACUUUGGAGACGGCUUGGAUUUUGAAGAUGACGAAUUUACUGAAUUGUUAGGAAGUAAAAUAAAAGUCGCAGAAAAGGGAAAAGAAAAAGAAAACUCGACAAAACCAAACAGGAUAAACCUCCAAGAUAUUUUAGGCCCUAUCGAUAAAACUAACAUUAAUUCGGCAAAAAAUCGAUAUCUAAGCGUUUCCCGUUACAUAGCUGGUCAACCCGUCAUACGAAGGGAUUCAACAGUGAGUCUGUUGAAUUCUGGUACUCAAAAAUCAGAAAUGUUUCACGGAAAAACUGUUGACAGUUCUACUACACCACCAUCAUGGAGCGAAAAAAAGGAAAGUUUUAGUGUUCCAUUAGCAUCAAAAAGAAUUUUAGGCGAAUUUAAUCCAAGCAACAAUGUUCACGGAAGAACGGACUGGGUUGCAAAAUACCUAAAAUAAAGUCAAUCUUCAUCUGUGAUACUAUCAUUUUACAUCAUACCUACUUAUUGUAAUUUUAGUUUUCGCUUAUAU